AUGUUUGAGUCCCGGAAGCCGUUGAAAGGUCCCCCGACCUUGGUGACCAUGCCUCCUGCUGAUGGUAGGCCCUUUGCCGGAGACACCUGGUUGCAUCAGAAGCAGGAAAUGGAGCCAGUGAGCUUUGAUGAUGUGGUUGUGAACUUCACCUCAGGAGAGUGGGCUUUGUUGGAUUCCAGUCAGAAGAAGCUCUACAGAGAUGUGAUGAAGGAGACAUUUAUGAACCUGAUCUCCAUAGGGAGAAUAGUGGAAGAAAAUAUUGAUGUGGACUAUGACAAACUCCAGAGAAAUCUGAGAAUUCAGGUCACUGAGCAAUUCUGUGAUUAUGAAUAUGGUAUUCAGUGUGGAAAACCCCACCAGGAGACGCCAGAGAAUAUUGUUAAUGUGGACAGUUAUUCUGCAAGUGCCGUUUAUGGAAGCAGCAGGAUGGAUGUAAAAGAUGUCAAUGGUCACUUGUCCUCCGCUCUGCUCAUUAGAAGUCAAACUGAGGAGAAACCAGAUGGGUGUCAGGAACACAUGGAGAAGGCUAUUAAACGUGAAAAAUAUUGGAAAGAUUUCACUUAUUCUGAGUCCUUUCAGACACUUGAGAGCACUCCUGCUACAGAGAACGUCUUAGAAUCCAAACAAUGUAAUGAAUCUUACAGUAAUCUCACUUACCAGAGAACUCGCCCUGGAGAUGAACUGCGUGGAUGUAAGCAAUUUGAGAAAACCUUGAAGGAAGAAAGUUAUGUUCAAAUAUGUGAAGGGAUCCAUACUAGAGAAAAGCCAUUUGCGUGUAAGCAGUGUGGAGAAACCUUCAUUAAGUCCAGUCACUUGGCCCACCAUCAGAGAAUUCACUCAAGAGAGAAAACUUACAAAUGUAGACAUUGCGGUGAAACUUUCAUGUAUUCCAUGGCCCGUCAGAAUCAUGAAAAAACUCACAAAAGAGAGCGUAGUUACAUAUGCAAACAUUGUGGGAAAGUAUGUAUUCAUUCUUACCAACUUCUCCAGCAUGAAAGACGUCACACUCGAGAGAAACGUUACACAUGUAAUCAAUGUGGCAAAGCAUUCAGGCGGUCCUCAAACCUUCACAAACAUGAAAGGAUUCACAGCGAAGAGAAACUUUAUUCAUGUAAGCAAUGUGGAAAAGCCUUCAUUAGUGCGGGCAACUGUUACAACCAUGAAAGAAUCCACACUGCAGAGAAGGCCUAUGUUUGCAAGCAGUGUGGGAAAGCAUUUACAUUUUCCUCAUACCUUCGAAAACAUGCAAGAAUUCACACUGGUGAGAAACCCUAUGCAUGCAAAUAUUGUGGAAAAGCCUUCACCCAUUCUAGUGCUUAUUGUAGGCAUGAGAAAAUUCACACUAGAGAGAAACCAUAUGUGUGUGUAGAGUGUGGCCAAGCAUUCUCUUUCUCCAGAUCCCUCCAAAUACAUGAAAAAACUCACACUGCUAGAGAGAAAUUCCACAAGUGUAAUCAGUGUGGGAAAGAAUUUGCAUAUUUCUCAUACCUUCAAAGACAUGAAAAAUCUCACAAUGAAAAGAAACCCAGUGGGUAG